GCACUUCUUCCUACAUUUCUCACACACUCAAAGAAAUAUACAACAGAAGAAUAGAUACAUCUGCAUAUAAUUAUAUAUCAAUCUUCAAAUGCUUUGUUGCGAUCUUCAACUAUUCAAACCCAAUUAGCCGAAUCUCUAUCAGAAUUCUCUGGGUAUAUGAUACGAAAUGGCGAUUAAGAGGAGAUUAUCGGGUGGAAUCAUCCACAGGAACAAAAGCAAUGGACCUCACUUUUCUAUUGUUGUACUCGUCUUGUUCUCAUUUCUCGUUUUCUCCAUUUUGUUCGUCGGCCGCGGUUUAUUGAGAUCUGCUUCCAAUGAUCAAAUUGAUUUUUCAACUAGCUCGAGUAAGCAGGAUCUUAAUUGGAGAGAGCGGCUGGCAUUGCAACAUCUCAAACCUUUGUUCUCAAGAGAGGUAAUGGGUGUCAUCAAGGCCUACACCGAUGAUUUAGGGCCCCUGAGUCUUGAUUCUUUCAGAAAGAAUAAUCUGUCUUCAUCGUGGAACUUUGUUGGUCAAGAAAUUUCAGCUGGGAAAAAUACCACUUCUGCUCAGUCAAAAGAAGUGGCUGCAAAUGUUAAACGAGAAACCUCUAGAGGCAAGCAGGAAGAUAAUUCUCAUGAAGAUCAUUCAAAUUUUUUCGAGUCGCCUGCUAAACUGGAGAGAAGGAAAUUGAGAGAAAAAAGACGUGAAAAGCGUGCUGCUGAUUUGGUAAAGCAAGAUGACGAUGUAAUCGUAAAACUUGAAACUGCUGCCAUUGAACGUUCCAAGUCAGUUGACUCUGCGGUCUUGGGGAAGUAUAGCAUAUGGAGGAGGGAGAAUGAAAAUGAAAAUUCUGAUUCAACUGUACGCUUGAUGCGAGAUCAAGUAAUCAUGGCAAGAGUUUAUAUAAGCCUUGCAAGAAUGAAAAAUAAGCUUGACUUGGUCCAUGAGCUUCAAAACCGGCUUAAAGAAAGUCAGCGUGCUUUAGGAGAGGCAACUGCUGAUUCUGAUUUACAUCACAGUGCACCUGAAAAAAUAAAAGCUAUGGGACAAGUGCUGUCUAAAGGUAGAGAACAAUUGUAUGAUUGCAAACUUGUAACUGGACAGCUAAGAGCCAUGCUGCAAUCUGCGGAUGAGCAAGUCCGGAGUCUAAAAAAGCAAAGCACAUUCCUUAGCCAGCUAGCUGCCAAGACAAUUCCAAAUGGAAUUCACUGUUUAUCCAUGCGCUUAACAAUAGAGUAUUACCUCCUUCCACCAGAAAAGAGGAAGUUCCCUCGCAGUGAGAAUCUUGAAAAUCCUAAUCUUUACCAUUAUGCUCUCUUUUCUGACAAUGUUCUUGCUGCUUCAGUUGUGGUCAGCUCAACCAUUGCAAACGCCAAGGAACCUGGGAAACAUGUUUUCCAUCUAGUUACUGAUAAGUUGAACUUUGGGGCAAUGAAUAUGUGGUUCCUGCUGAACCCUCCUGGAAAAGCUACCAUCCAUGUUGAAAAUGUUGAUGAAUUCAAGUGGCUUAAUUCGUCCUAUUGUCCUGUUUUGCGUCAGUUGGAAUCUGCUGCCAUGAAGGAGUACUACUUCAAGUCAGCUCAUCCUACCACACUUUCUGCUGGUUCAUCGAACCUUAAGUACAGGAACCCGAAGUAUCUUUCAAUGCUCAAUCACCUGAGGUUUUAUCUUCCACAGGUUUAUCCCAAGUUGGAUAAAAUCCUUUUUCUUGACGAUGACAUUGUUGUUCAGAAAGACUUAACAGGAUUGUGGUCAGUAGAUCUUCAUGGAAAAGUGAAUGGUGCAGUUGAAACCUGUGGCGAGAGCUUUCAUCGUUUUGACAAGUACCUUAAUUUUUCAAAUCCUCAUAUUUCUUCAAACUUUGAUCCCAAUGCUUGUGGGUGGGCGUAUGGAAUGAACAUUUUUGAUCUUAAGGUGUGGAAAGAGAAGGAUAUAACUGGAAUAUACCACAAAUGGCAGAAUAUGAAUGAAGACAGGGUUCUGUGGAAGCUUGGAACUCUCCCUCCUGGUUUAAUGACUUUUUAUGGGCUUACACAUCCACUUGAUAAGUCGUGGCACGUGCUCGGGUUGGGUUACAGUCCAACUGUUGAUCGGUCAGAAAUUGAGAAUGCAGCUGUUGUACAUUACAACGGGAACAUGAAACCCUGGCUAGAGUUGGCUAUGACGAAGUACAGGCCAUACUGGACGAAGUAUGUGAAGUCUGACCAUCCAUACAUACGCAGCUGCAAACUAAGAAUAGUAGAACGAUGAUAUUGAAGAAAGAUCUUACUUUCUGGCUGCUUCUUGAGCAAUAGACCAUUGACAGCCACGCCAAAUAACAAGGUGCACAAAGGCAUUUACCCGACUAAAGGUACUCAUUCAUUGCCCACUUCUUGGCUUUUGCUCAUUUUCUGUGUAGAUCAAAUCAUUUCCUUUGGAACUUGGCUAUGGCGGCUCUUGCCUCGUUCACUUGUAAACAAUCGAUUAUUAUAUUGUUUGUUAAGCUUUCUUUUAAAUCUAUGCAAAACUCGUAGUCUUGACUCUUGACAUUCUCUACUCACAACCUACUGAAGUUAUAGAUUUGAAUUUGAAUGCU